ACAAUCAGAACAACAAUCAUACAACGCAAUGAAUCAAGAACAAGCUGUUCACCGUACAACACUAAUUUCUGGUUACCAUGUAUCUGCGUCAAAAAACCUCGUAUCAUCGGAAAAACCAAGAGAACUUCAUUGCAUUUGCUUUCACUCGUCUUCAAUGCUUCACAGUACUUUGGAAUGGAAAUCCGAUGUUAAUUUUAAAUGUUCAUCGAAAUUACAGUUUCAAGGCUACUAUCUUCAUACUAAUGUUGCUGCGAACAUUACAUUAGCUCAGCGAAAAACUACGUUACUGAAGAGUUCAGAAUAAUGUUGGGUCGCAAUUAAGGAGGAAACUAUGUGCUAUCAAUCCCACCAUACUCAGUGAAAGGCCCCAAGUACUCUCGAUCUGCCUUUCUCGGUUCUCUAAUACACAAUCAAUCCUACUUACAUUAAAUUUUACCUCAGUCUGUGGAACUCUGGUUAAUUUCUUCGACUCUUACAAUUCGAUUAUCUCUGAAUACCUUUUACUGACCUCUCCCUGAUUUGUGCUGCGCAUGCUACUAAAUGAACUAUGAAGUACAUGCUUAUAUAGUCACUAUAGAUAGGCAUGGGUGGGCAUGCCAAUCAAAUGGCCUUGAUUGGCUAUUUUAGACCACGACGUCUACAAAGUAGACAAUGCCUCAAGCAUGGCGAAUUUAUUACGUGGGUCGCUAAACGCAAAGAAUUAAGACAUUUUUCGCUCAUAAAUUGUAUAUUUAGUUUGCCACAAAAUAUCUAAUUGUAACAUUUGCCUCGCCUUAUAGUCAUAGUUUUCGAUUAGCACGUGGUAUUUUGUUAAACCUCAAAUGUGCAAACCGAUUUUGUAAUCUGAUCGUCAAGUACUCUGUAUUAAUUUUUUUUUUGUACCAUUUUGAUAAAAAUGUAAGAUAAAAAUAUCAAAGAAUACUCGAAGAUCAGACUUCAAAAAAACUUAAAAGUACAUUUCGUCUAUAACCAUCAUUUUUUCUAGUUUCAGAAUAAGUCUCCAAAUGCCCUGCAACUAGGUACCUUCUAAAAUAGACGAAGUGUCUGGUAGACAGACCUUUUCACAGAAUUUCCACCGAAAGGUUCUUUCAAAUUUGUUAAGAUUUUCAGAUGUUUGUUUAGAAAUGUCAAAGAUUAAUUUAGCUUUUAGUGAACAUAUCGCCCCGUUGUCGACACUUUGCAGUUGUACGCUUAAGAUCAGAUUGCAGGGCACAGUCUCGAAUAGACCAAAUGCCCGGCAGUCAGAAUUUUUCAAAGUGCCACUAAAUGGUUCCAUUCUCCAUUGAUCAAAAUGUUAGAUUAAAAUAGUAAAGACUACUUGGCGAUAAGAUUUUAAAAUACUCAAAAGUACAUUUUGGCUAAAACUAUUAUUUGUUUUAGUUUAAGAGCAAGUUGUUAAACCUUAUUUCUUCAGAGCUUUUUUUUUUAGUAAAAACUCGAUUUAUUUUACAUUUAUGGAGCGCUGUUUUUUCCCAAAGUUUUAAACUGCAAGAAAACAAUAUCCAAACGACUUCGUUUACGUUGUCUUAAAACAAUUGGUUCAUCCGUGCGUUCAUGGAGACAUGGAGCGCGUUGAAAGUUUUGAAACGACGCCUCGAGCAACUUCUCUGUCGCUGUCUAAAAUUCCCGUUUAUCGGCCAUGAGCGCACGCUAAAGUAUAAACCAAUUGUUAAUUCAAAGUGACAGUAUGGUUAACUAGUGGAUACCCUGUAUAGAACAUGGAGAUAUCAGGUGUUGGAAGAAAAUAUCAUGAAAAGGAAUUGAUUGAAUCAACGGUUUUUGAUAUCUUUGCUUCAAUAGGCUUGUGGAGUGAUGGUCUUGAAUCAGUUCGUCCCUGUUCUAGAAAUGUAUACAAGCUAACAGCUUCAGACCAAUGCGGUCACAGCUGCUUGGGUUAAUCAAUAAAAAUCUUUGUUUCCCUGCACAGAGUGGGUUGCCUUAUCUCAUAUUAUGGCUAUAUUUGGUCAUGGACGAUUGACAUCAGGUUCAUUGGCCUGACAAUUUUGGGUGGGUGGUGCUGUAGGCACGCAUUUUUAUCGCAGUAUUUUGUUUGUUAUUAUAACGCGAUAUGAGUUAAGUGCAAGUAGGAACACCACUGCCGCCACGGUACACACCAUCAAAGACAAAAUUUCCGGUUAGAAAUUUGUCAGUUAAGUGUGGCGUACUCUGAAGUGAAGAGACCUUGAAUGACCUUCAUAACGACAAUAUUCAGGUGGCUUUUAUCUUAAAGGGUCACGUGACAAACUCUGUGUCAGGGUGUACAUGAAUAAGCCAGAUCAAGGAAUCUAGAAAGAACUGUAAAAAAAGAGCUGCCAUUUGUUACUCCCUUAUGUCAAGUAUCGUUUAAAAUUUAUGCUCUUUCAGAAUUCCAAGGUUAUCCAGGGCAUCGUUUAAAACAUUUGCAGAGAAAGCUUGCAAAAUUGGAAGUAAAGCCCAGUUCUGAUAACUCGAACGCUUGCUCGUGGGUUUCCGUCAUUCAUGUAUACCGUAGGGUAAACCCCCAGAUGCCUUUAGAAGAUAACAGCACAAAUCUGACAUAUGUUGAAAGACCAAAUUUUGUUUUUCUAGCACAGAUUUCAGUUUUCUUUGUAAGUGACUUCUUCUUUCUUUAUUAUAUCUUGGAAUUUUCUAACGUUAACGUUUUAAGAAUUUUUUUGAGAGCAUAG